AUGCCGCCGACACUCAUCCUCAUCCGGCAUGCCCAAGCGCUGCACAAUGUAGACAAUAAGUCACCCAUACCAUAUAUUCAUGACCCAGACCUCUCCGAGCUGGGCUAUGAGCAGUGCACGGAGCUACGCCAGAAUCUGCAGACCAAGCUCCCCAGCGAGCUUGAAAUAGGCCUCAUCGUCGUCAGCCCCAUGAGGCGGACGCUACAGACGGCGCUACGAUCGCUGGACUGGCUCGUGGAGAAAGGCGUGCCGAUACAGGCCCACGCCGGCUGGCAGGAAACGUCCGCCAAGCCCUGCGACACAGGCUCCCCCAUCGCCGCCCUAGCAGCCGAGUUCCCGUCGGUGGACUUCUCAACCGUGGACCCGGUGUACCCGGACAAGACCAGCCCGGCCGGCGCCAAGUACCGGUACACGCGGGACGCUAUCGUGGGGCGCGCGCAGUCGGCGCUGGCGGACCUGCACGGGCAGGACGAGCGGGCCGUCAUCGUGGUGUCGCACUCUGGGUUCCUGCGGCAGGGGGUGACGGGGUGCUGGUUCUUCAAUGCGGACUAUCGGAUCUUUGAUUUUGAGGAGGGGAGUGGGCGGGCUGGCGAGGGGGGGUAUCGGCUUAGGCAGUGGGACCUGACUAGGUCUGGCGGGAUGGGCUGGAGCUGGGACCAUCAGAUUGAGAUUGGGGAGGGAGUUCCGGAGGAGGAUGUCGUGGAACCUCCGGUAUAG